AUGGAUUUUUCCAGCAUUCCUCCAAUUUCAAAUCAACAAUCUCGCAUGGUACGUAUCCGAAUGUCUAAUUCCAUGAUGAAGAAAGUUAAACUUAGUGUUAGUCGCGGAAUGUCUAAUUCCAUGACGAAAAAAGUUGAAGUCAAUGAUUAUGUACACAGAGACAUGUUCAGCGAUUUACCUGAGUGCAUUAUCCUUCACAUACUCUCUUUUUUGAAUACCAAAGAUGUCGUUAGAACAUGUAUUUUAUCCUCAAGAUGGAAGGAUCUCUGGAAACGUCUCCCUGCUCUUAGUUUCGAUUAUCGAGACUUUCGAACUGGUGAUAUGUUCAACGAGUUUGUGUUUAAGGCUUUAUCUCUUCGCGAUUCUUCUAUCUCACUACACACUCUCGACUUUGACAAAGGAAUUUGUCGCUUGGAGCCUUGCUUACUUAGAUUUGUUGUGGAUUAUGCUAUUUUACACAAUGUUCAACGGCUCGUACUUAGUGCAGCUAGUGAAAGGUGCCUCCGCUUGGAGCAUCCGUUUCCAAAUGCACCGUGA